AUGUCUGUUAUAUCUAUUUCGCUCGCUCUCGUUGCUAGCCAUUUAACAAGUAUAACACUGCUAGGCGUGCCUGUUGAAAUAUACCUUAGAGGUACGCAGUAUUGGGCAUCGGCGCUUUCGCUCAUAGUUGUCACUUUCCUUACGGCUGUCAUUUAUUUGCCAGUAUUUCACAAACUGCAACUUUCAUCUAGUUUCGAAUAUCUAGAAAUUAGAUUCUCGACUCACACUCGUACUAUUGCGGCUGUUUUGUUUGUGAUUAGUAAGUUGAUGCUUCUGCCGAUAGUACCAUAUGUACCACUACUGGCAUUUAGAUUGGUCACAAACCCUUUCGCUGGUAGAAUAACAGCAGUCAUCUGCGUAAUCUGCGCAACUUUUAGUUCAGUUGGCGGUCUACGCGCUAUAGUCAGCAUUGGAAUCGUAACAACUUUCCUGUCUGUUGCUGGAACGGCGCUACCAAGUGGACUCGCUUUGCUGCCAAUGGGGUUUAAGAGGAUGUGGGAAAUCGCCAGUUAUGGAGGUCGGCUUGUGUUUUACGAUCCUGAUCCCGAAUUGGCACAUCACACCUCGUUUUUCGCUGUAACUUUGGCACUUAGCACCAAUUGGCUAUGGAAGAUAGCAUUAAGUCAAUCCACGCUCCAGAAGUUAUUGGCCGUACCCACCAUUGGCAAGGCUAGACUUUGUUUAGCGAUAUCCUGUGUUGGAGUCAUAUUGAUGAAGCUGUUAUCGUGUUUCCUUGGCUUGGCUCUUUACGCUUGGUACGCAGGCUGCGACCCGCUUCUUACAGGGCAAAUAAAGAAACAUGAACAGUUGGUACCACACUUUUUGAACAACCUGGCUGCGAUGUUUCCUGGAAUUUGUGGAAUUUUCAUAAUCGCGAUAUUUAGCGCAACUGCAGGAUGUAUUGCAUCUCUCAUAAACUCAGUGUCUGGAGUUCUUUUCGAAGAAUUUAUUAGACCAUGGAUGCCUCAAAAUACUAGUGAAUUAACAUGCUGUAAAAUAAUGAAAGUAUUAUGUGUAUUAGUCGGUCUCUACUGCGCCAGUGUGGUAUGGACAGCUAAAGAAUUGGAUCGUUUACAACACGUUGCAUCAGGUGUUACGGGUGUAACUGCUGGGACGUUGUUGGGCCUGUUCACUCUCGGAAUUGUAUUUUCCCGUGCUAACUGCUCAGGAGCACUUAGUGGCUGUCUAUUAAGCUUGCUACUGUGCGGCUGGCUUCUGAUAGGGGCUGAAAACGCUCUAGCAACGGGAGCGUUGACCUUUCAGGGAAAGCCUUUGGUCACCUCUGGUUGCGGCAAAGCGAAUUUUACGCACAUUUUCGCCAACAUGACAACAAUUAUUCCCAACGCCGCCACCCAGCUUCCGACGAAGCCGCUGCAGUCUCUGUUUCGCAUAUCAUUCACGUACUGUCCGUUCGCCGGCGCGAUUGCGGUGCUCGUCAUAGGAGUGCCAAUGAGCUACCUCACAGGCAAGUCGAGGACCGACUCCAUGAACCCGGACGUCUUCUGCCCGCUAACUCAGAGCUUUCUGCACAAAUCGAUGCAGAGAAGCACUUCGGUAUCCAUGGAAACGAGGGCGCCGAACACCCAAGAAGUCUACAUGGCUCUGGAUGAAGCUCUGAAACAUUUGAAGGAGGUCAUAGAGAGA